CUUUGCCUAACCACUAACCCGCUAACCCCUUAUUUUCAGUUUGUUAUGUUUGAAGCAUGUUAUGUCGGUGGAUUGAAGUGUUAAAAGUUUUGUUGUAAACCACUUGUUGAUAUUUUAUUCAAGAGUUGUUCAGUUAUUUACAUUUAAAGUAGAUUAUGCGAUGAGAGAAUGGUUUCUGAUAACAAAUGAUCUCUGAAUGUGAACCCAAAUCCUAACGAUAAACAAAUAACAUAUCAGUUCUUGUGUUUGUACCACUUUACUUUCGAAUAGUUAACUAAUACAGAUUAAAUACAGUGAUCUCAGUGAACUCAAAUUCAGAAUUUUCAUUCUAUAAUUUUGCUCAAAGUGCUUUAUUGCAAUUAUUGGCAAAAGAAAAAUAAGAAGAAUCAACAGCCUUAACCAACUUGAGCAACAUUUUGUCCUGAUAGAGUGUUAUUCAUUUGUGGAAAAUGACUAAACAGAAUUCAAUUUUGAGAUUGUACAGAAUACCAGGAUGUACUAAUGCAAAACAAAAUGAAAUUUUGAAAAAGUUGAAAGAGAAAUGUUCAACAAUAAUAAAUAUUGAUACAGAAAUAUGUUUUAAUAUUGAAGUAUCCAAUUCACUAGAUGAAAGAGAAAAACAGAAACUCAAAUGGGUUUUGCAAGACUCGCUUCAUCCUGAAAAUGUAUUCAGUAGUAGUCAACUGGAAGCCAAAGAGUUUGAUAUUCUCAUAGAAGUAGGACCAAGAUUUAAUUUUUCAACGCCAAAUUCUACCAACGCUGUGUCCAUAUGUCAUGGUCUUGGACUGAAACAAAUUAAACGUUUAGAAGUAUCUAGAAGGUAUCUUCUGAAAUCAAGUGAAGGAGUAUCUCAUGAAACCGAGAAUAAUAUCGCAACCGUGCUUUUUGAUCGAAUGACUGAAUGCCGUUACACUGCUGAAAAUAUUCCGAAGUUGAGUUUCAAUGAAAAUCUAAUAAAAAAGGAAGAUAUUAGAGAAAUUGAUGUACUAAAUAAGGGUGUAGAGGCCCUUAAAGAAAUCGACAGAGAAUUGGGAUUGGCUUUUGAUGAAGCUGACUUACAAUAUUAUAUGAAUCUAUUUAAAAAUGUCAUGAAGAGAAAUCCUACGAAUGUUGAAUGUUUUGAUUUGGCUCAGUCCAACAGUGAACAUAGCAGACACUGGUUUUUCAAAGGCAAAAUGGUUAUUGAUGGUGUAGAAUUUAAAGAAUCUCUCAUUGACAUGAUUGUAAAUACACAAAAAACAUCUAAUCCUAAUAAUGUUAUCAAGUUUGCUGAUAACAGUAGUGCCAUAAAAGGAUAUAAUCACACAAGCUUAAGACCAGUUUCUUCUGGAUCUGUGAGUGAACUUAAAGAAUUACCUACUGAAUCUCAUCUCAUUUUUACUGCGGAGACACAUAAUUUUCCCACUGGUGUAGCUCCUUUCAGUGGUGCUACAACUGGAACUGGUGGGCGUAUUAGAGAUGUACAGUCGGUUGGCAGGGGUGGCUAUUGCAUUGCUGGUACCGCUGGAUAUUCAGUUGGGAAUCUUCAAAUUCCAGGAUAUACUUUCCCUUGGGAGAACGAAUCAUACAUUUAUCCUGACAACUUCGCACCACCACUAGAAAUUUUAAUUGAGGCAAGCAAUGGGGCUUCUGAUUAUGGCAAUAAAUUUGGUGAACCACUCAUUUGUGGAUUUGUAAGAUCAUUUGGGUUGAACGAUGCCUCAGGAAAUAGAAGAGAGUGGAUCAAACCAAUCAUGUUUAGUGGUGGUAUUGGUAGUAUGGAGGCAGCUAUGACCGAAAAAUUGAAGCCUGAAAUAGGUCACCAUAUAAUAAAGAUUGGGGGACCAGUUUAUCGAAUUGGUGUGGGAGGAGGAUCAGCUAGUUCUGUUGAAGUUCAAGGGGAUAAUAAGAUAGAGUUAGAUUUUAAUGCUGUUCAGAGAGGUGAUGCAGAAAUGGAGCAAAAACUGAAUAGGGUUGUGAGAGCUUGUUUGGAAUCAGGAAAUAACAACCCAAUUGUGAGCAUACAUGAUCAAGGAGCUGGAGGAAAUGGAAAUGUAUUGAAAGAAUUAGUUGAACCUGUUGGAGGUAUUAUUUAUGCAAAUAGAUUUGAAUUAGGUGAUCCAACGAUAAAUAUUUUGGAAAUAUGGGGAGCUGAGUACCAAGAAAAUAACGCUCUCUUAUGCAAAGAAAAAGAUUUGGACUUUCUGAAAAAUAUUUGUAAAAGGGAAAGAUGCCCUAUUAAUAUUGUCGGAACAGUGACUGGAACCGGAAAAGUUGCACUAGCAGUUGAUGAAAGUGAAUCUCAGAUUCCCUUCAAUUUGGAUCUAGAACAUGUUUUAGGUAAGAAAUGGAUUCAACUGAUUCUUGUUUUCAAUUAUUUCACAAGUACCAACAUAUUUAAAAAUACAAAAAAACCUAAAAAGUAA